AUGAAAAAAAUAUACAGGGGAACGAAAACAGACGAAAUAUUUCAGGCGCAGAAAAAUAAAUACAACCAUCUGAUAAACAAAAACCACAUUUACAACAACAUUUAUUUGAACUUGGAGGUCUACGAAAAAUGGAGGAAUCCUAACACGGAUAAGGAUGAGCACAGCCACUGGAACGACAGGUCCCUGAGUCUGGUCCUGAACGCGGACUCGAAUUUGAUGGACAAGGAAGUGAAGCACUUACUGAGAAGAGGCGUGUCCGACUCGCUAAAGCACCUAAUCUGGGUGAGGUCCAACGACGUAAACUACUUUGUCAUAAACUUCCCGCACUUUUACGAAACGACCAUCUACAACACGUUUGGAGAUAAGAUCCCAUCCAUUCUGUUCAACGACUGCCCAACAUUCUGCGGCGGAAUCCUAGGGCUGCAGGAAGACAUUAUGUGUGUGCAGACGAAAAUAGAGGAGUUAGAAAUAGAGAACCAUGAGGACUACGAUAACUUUAACAUUAAUGAUUCUACUAUACCCCAAAUUUUGGGUUCACAAAUAAAAAAAAAAAAAAAAAAAUUCUUCUACAUUGAAAAUGUGAAAAAUAAACUACUAAAGAGUAAGAGGAUCGACAACUAUUUGAGGGUCGCAUCCGAUUCGGUCCUCCCCUAUUCGAACAACUUCAUUUUUAAAAAUUUGUCCAGUCGCUUUUAUAGAAGUAAGGUGGAAAAGUCCGACGAUAAGACUGCAGAAAAGGGUGAUACGGAUAAGGUAGAGUAUAAUACCACUAGUGAUAAUUUAAAAAAGAGCGAUGUUGCCACGGUGGCAGGUAGCGAUGUGAAUGCACACCCCAGUAACAUAGGUGUGAGAGAAAAAUCAACGGAAGGGAAGAAAAACGUAAAGGAAGAAGGAGGGAAGAACGUGGAAUGUUUAUCCACCUAUGGAGAAAGGCUCCAUAAUGAGUCCGGUUUUAAAGUGUCCAACUGUAGCGAAAGCGAAAAAAAUAUUCUCAUAAAAGAUGACAUAAUUAUUUUUCAUAACGGAGCAGAUGAUACGAAUAGCGGACCGGAUAAUGAAAAGGGUGAAGCAGACCACUACGCCAAGGGAGGAACUAUCUAUGAGAAUAUCGGGGGGAUUCACUCCAGUGGGGUUAGUUGUGCAGAUGGCUAUUUUAACCACGUCACUGGUGGCAAUGCAAAGGACAAUUUGCUCUCUCCUAAGAUAGAAGGGAAGGACUCGAACAAGGAGGCAUACGAGUCGAACAAAUAUCUGCACAUACAAUGCUACAUGACGGAGCAGUACAUUAUAAGCAAAAAGCAAGCAGAGAAAAUGAAUAAAGCGAAAUUAUACUUACGAACGACAAGGAAGAAAAAAAUAGAGAAGGAAUUAAAUUACCAUAAUGUUAAAGCAAAGUCACAUUACGACGGGAAUUUGCACCACGCAAGAAUUCAAAACUCUGAUGAUUCGUUUGUAAAUGGGGCAAGUGGAGAAGGUGAAAAUAUGUACGGAAGUCCAACUGGGGAGAAUAGCUCCACUUAUCGUUUAAAAAAAUAUUCCAGUUAUAACGGCACAAGAAAUUUUUUAAAAAAAGCCUUCAUUGGAAAGAGGGCAAAUCAGAAGAAUGAAAGGAAGCUGUCUGAUCACAUUUCUUCUUUGCUUAAAAAAAGCCUGAGCAAGGACAAGGAAAAGAAGAAUAUAAUUCCGCACUGGAAAAUAGUGCCCGCGGAUAGUGGCUCUUCCGUUAAGGAGAGGGGGAAGAAAAAGAAGAAGAACAAAAACAACAACAACAAAGGGGUGCCAUUGGAUGAGCCCCGCAUGGGCGGAUGGUCAUCGAAAAGUGGUGGACAAACUGAUAAAUUGCAAUUAAAUUACGGAGGGGGGGAUCGCGCAGGGAGCCCCAACAGCGGCAGCGGGGAAUCCGCGAGGACCUUCCUCCAAGCAGAAAGUACCUCGUCCGAUGAUGGGAUGCAAAGGAAGAGGGAGGACCACACUUACGACCCCAGGAUGAGGCAGCGCCCAAGGAACGACGAAGAUGAGGAGGACGACGGAGAAUCCAUCGUGAAACUGAGCGAGUUUAAUGAGGAAGACACAGAGAAUAAGCGAACCGACUCUCUCGACGCGAACAGAAAAUACAUGAACCAUCGGGUAGUAGACUCCGAUAAGAAGAACAGCGACGGAGGGAAAAAUUCCCUUUUUGGAAAAUUGAAAAAAAUUUUUUAUAAAAAAAAAAAGUCAAAAGAUUCGGAGGCGGAUAUGAUCAAAUUUGCGGGUGCAUACAGGAGUGAGGAAUACCAGCGUAGCCAAGGUGGAAGGAAAAAGAAGAACUUCCACACGGGGAAUGUAUACGAGGAUGGGACGGAGGAGGAGGAUCAAGACGGCAGGACCAGAGCAGAAAAGAAGCAUACCAGUAAUGGAGAUCGUGGGGGUGGGUUCUCCCCCAGUCUGAACAACACAGGGAUGGUUACUCAAUAUAACACGUUUACUUCUAUCAAGGGAAGUGGACUGUUGGAGAGGGGUCGCCAUCAGGGGAGUCUUUCCCCGGGUCGCAUCGAAACGGUUGGUAGAAGCAGGAAGAAAAACUACCAAAUUAUUAUUAGUAAGCAUGAAAAAAAGGACCAUCAGGAACGGCAUGGUAAUGGUGUAGGAAAGAAGGAAGACAAGAAGCAGACUUUCUUUUCCAAAAUUGCAAAAAUGGGUCCUCCGUUUGGCUUGUCCUUUGAAAGAGCGACGAAAUUGGGAGGAGGAACCCCAGGGGAGAAGAAACCACCAUCAUCGUCUCGCAUGAAAGAGAAAUUUGUUAACAAUCCACCCAGGGGGAUGGUAGGAGGAACACCAGAGGGAGAAAUGGGGACCGUGAUGGACGAGGCUGACGCGGACGAAUUGGAAAAUUUCCAUCUGCCGGAGAGCCACCCGCUGAACGAGGAAAAGAGUGAAGGAGUGAGUGAAGGAAGCGAAGGAAGUGAAAGCGAACGCGAACGCGACGGGGGGGUUGUUGAACAGACGAAGAGGAAGAAAAAAAUCAAUUUUAAGUAUGAAUCGGGGGAGGAUGCCGACGCGGUAAGUGAUCCAGAGAAUCAGGUCAGUGCAGACCCGAGGAAGGGGUCAGUUUAUAAGGAGAAGAAUGUGGAUAAGACGAAAAUGAAAGGCGGCGCUAGCGGGAAGGGGGGCCCGCUGGAGAAGCAGAUCCACGACGGGAAGACGAACAAAAUGGAGAAAAAGUACGCCUCCGUGGAAUACAACAGUAAGGAUAACCCCAACCUGGAGAAGGAGCUAUACAGCAAGUUUUAUGAAAAUGGGGGUGGCAACACUAACGGUGCAAAUGGUACAAACGCUUCGAACACUGCCAACCCUGGCAACCACAACGUUGGGGGCGGCCCCGGUGGGACGUACCCUCCUAAUGUGUACAACCUGGAUGACGCAACGGAAUUAACGGCCCUGCUGAACGACAACGGCAAGCACGAAAUCAAGAAGCUCCUCUGGGCCAUAAACAACAACUUUGGAAACGACAUCGAAUUCGCACCCAUCAUUCCAAAUCUGUGUAUUAUUCUCCUCAUCUACUUCAAAGCAUCCGUCGUUUACUGCAUCAUUCACUGUCUAAUAAAAAAAGGAAUAGACACCAUAAAGAAUAAGGAGGUUCCUUUUUUCAUAUAUAAAAGAAAGGAUUUUGUGAAAUACGUAAAAUACAUCCUAAAUUCCUUUAUUCAGUUCCUUCCAAAAUGUUACCACUAUCUGAGGAAGUUGAACUUUGAUUUAGCGGCAUGGACAGCAAGGUGUAUCCAGGACGGGUUCUCUCGUAUGCUUCCCUUCGACUUUGUCCUAAGGAUUUAUGGCAUCUACAUAUUUGAAGGACAGAAGACCUUAUGUCUCUACUGUCUAGCUUUGCUAAAAUUUUUUGAGAGCGAUUUAUUGAAAUGCACAAAUAUAGAAGAAGUGGAAAAUAUCCUUUACCACAUUUGCAUGCAUCCCUACUUAACAAUUAAUGAACUAACACAGAUUGCUUAUCGGUUCAAACUGAAGAGUAAGGAGAAGCAACUAAAAUUUUCAACCAAAUGUCCCUCUCCCUAUCUGAUGAAUGUUAAAAUGAAAACUUUUUAUAGACCUAGACUGAAUGAUAAUUCGAGAUUGAUCAAUUCUUUACAUUGGCAAAAUAUAUGGGAGAAAAUUCCUAGUAAUUUAAGAUCCUUAGAUCCUUUUUUAACUUAUUGCUCUAAGAAGGAUGGGUACAGCUUCCAAGUACUUGUCGAAAGAACAGAAAAGAAUAAAAGGAAACCCAUGAUACUUAUUUUAAAAACUUUCGACUACGAUUUGAUGGGUUUUUUUUGUCCCUUCUCCCUUACCAGAGAUAUCAAUUUUGUGAACUGUUCCGACAAGAGCUCUGCUUUUGUAUGUACCUUUAACACCCAUUUUAAGUUUUACAAAUGGUCAGGCAGAAACAACACCCUUGUACUUAUACGUGAUGGAAUUUACAUUGGAGGAAACGACAUCGCUUUGUUCAUCGAUAAGGACGUCAAGGUUGGAAAGACCCACUCAUCCGAGUCCUUCUUCUCCCCACCGCUCAUUUCCGCCGGUCGCGACUUUCACAUUAUGGAUAUCGAGGUGUGGAACCUCAAGUAG